AUGUGUGGAGAGGAUGCAGAAACCAUCUCUCAUAUGUUUUUACGGUGCCCGGAAGUGAAACGAGUGUGGUAUUUUUCUCCUCUUCGGCUGAAUGUGGAGGAGAGGGUGGGGAUACCCUUUGGAGAGUGGUGUGGAAAGCUCCAACAAAUCCAUAAAGAGAAGGAGUGGUGGGAGAUUUUCUGGAAUGUGCUGUGGAGUAUAUGGAAUAGACGAAACAAAUGGGUUUUUGAGGGGAAGAAAAUAGAAGUGUUGGAGGUGAUACAACACUCGGUGGGGAGGGCAGGGGAGUAUGUGAAAGCAAACGACCAUGAGCAGAUGUUAGUUGCAGCGCAGAAAUAUGACAAUCUUUGGAAGGCGCCUCCUGCGGGAUGUAUAAAAGUUAACUCAGAUGCUGCUAUAUUCAAAGACAACAGUAUAGGGUUGGGUGGAGUUGCGAGAGACAAUGAAGGGGACGUGGUGAUGGCAACGUGCCGUAAAUGGAGAGGUAAUUUUGAUGUGGAGGUGGCUGAAGCUAUAGGGAUGCGACAUGCUCUCAAGAUCGCUCGGGAAGCGGGGUUCAAGGUGCUCAUCCUUGAAACUGAUAAUUUUCAGUUGUACCACCAACUCACUUCGCGAAAAGCUCCUUCUUCAUCCUUUGGAAAUGUAGUCAAUGAUAUUCUUGUAAUGAGUAGGGCUUGUGAUUCAGUUAGUUUCUCUUUUGUGAAGAGAGAAGGCAAUCGGGUUGCCCAUAAUCUAGCCAAGGGUAGUGAGAAUGUAGUAGAGGAGCUAGUAUGGUUGGAGGAUUAUCCUCCGGAAGUAGGGAGGGUUGUUCUUGAUGAUUUGCAGUUUAUGCUUAGUUAA